CUGCACUUUUCAGUUGUGGUUGCCCAAUGUCCUCCUGGACUGAAUCCACUGCAGUCAAAUGGCCAACCGCUGACCUGUUCACCUCAAGAUAUUUGCAGUUGUCAGAAGCAUCGUCCAGGAGCAGCUUGCCAGUACUCACAGCAGCAUAAGCAGUACAUUUGCUGUGUGGGACAAGCACAACAAUGUGGACCAUCAUCGUCACCACUGAUCUCCUUCACCGGUCAGAUCGUUCAGUGUCAGUCGUCGAAUCAGUGCCUCGGUGGAUUCAGCUGCGCACAAGGAACCUGCUGUGCUACUGCCUGCUCGUCUAGUCAGUGCAUGAACGGACAAGUGUACGUGAAUGGUCAGUGCCUGAAUGUCGUACCCAUCGGUUCGAUGUGCCAAGCAACGGAGCAGUGUCGUGGCGGCUCGAUUUGCUAUUUGAAAGUUCGAAGAAGUUUGGUGACGGGAGGGGUCGACACCUGCAAGCAUUUAGAUGGAGUGAUGGUGAAUGGGCAAUGUGAAUCAUUAGCAUCUCCAGGAAUGAGUUGCAUUGCUCCAGAACAGUGCAUCGAUAAUUCCCAGUGCAUCAGGAACACCUGUACUUGCAAUCAAGGAUAUCGCUUGAUAAAUGGCUACUGCAUUCGAGAUAUGGGUGGACCAUGCCAGCAGACUCAGACCCUGAUUAACAAUCAGUGUGUAACGUAUUCGAUUGCUGGCGGACCCUGUUUGGCAGAUGCCCAAUGUGUAGGUGGAGCUACAUGCCAAAACUCCGUUUGUCAAUGCACAUAUGGGUACACGGCCAUGUACGGUUUCUGCAUCCGCGACACUACUGGCUCCCGAUGCAGCAAUACUGAGGUAACCACUUUUGAUUUUCGUCACAUACUAUACCUUCAUACUGUAGCUUCCCUUCCAAGUCGAGAAGAUGAAUGCAAGUCGCUCCAGAACCGAACCAGAAAUUUGCAGGUACUUGUGAACGGACAAUGCAUGCAAAAAGUAACUAUCGGAGGGCCUUGUAUGUACAGCCAGCAGUGUCUUGGCAACUCGAUCUGUACCACUGGCUACUGUCAAUGCCCCGGAGGUGUGCAAGCCUUCAAUGGAAAAUGCAGCAGUCCUGAAUGCCGGCAGCAGAAUCAGGUUUACAUUAAUGGACAGUGCUAUCCAAUGGCGAUCGUUGGUGGUCCGUGCAUGUACGACGAUCAAUGCACUGGUUAUUCACAGUGUAUGAGCGGAUACUGUAGAUGUCCAAAUGGUGCAACGACUACCAACGGCAUUUCUCGCGGGGACGAAAAUGGAGAAUGGAGACGAAAACAAAAGAAGUCGAUUGGAGGACAGUGUCUCCGAUUGGUACCGCUCGGCCAAUCCUGCCAGUACUCUGCUCAGUGCAUGGGAUUCGGCUCUUGUAGAUCGUCAAUAUGCGUCUGCCCGAAUGGAUAUUCCGCUGUAAACGGUGUAUGCCGAUCCAGUGGUGAGUCAUCUGGCUGCAAUCCAAAUCAAGUGCUCGUCAACAAUCAGUGUUAUCCCCUAGUGCAGACUGGAGGUCAGUGUUUCUAUAAUCAGCAAUGUAUGGGAGGUUCAAGCUGUCAGUCAAGUAUUUGCCGCUGUCCUCCUGGAACCUUUGAUAACGGUGACGGGUACUGUAGAAACGGAGGUGAGUUGCUCAACAUUGAGUUAGCGGAAAAGGCCGGCAUGACUAGGGAGAACUGUGACUAUGUGUGCUGCAGGCUUAUGAGCUAG